GUGUGAGCGCUGGGGCUGACUGUGGUCACAGUCCCGGCUGCCCUAUCUGAGACUUAAGCUUGCUCUGGGAGUAACUUUGAGAAAGAGGAGAACAGAGAGGAGGCCAGAGCCUGACCGGGCCCAGACCAGUCGUCAGCCUUCUGCCUGCCAGCGAGACCCAGGGCGGCCCCUCCAGGCUGUUCCGCUCCUCCCAAAGGAUGCAUUUGGAGUGAGGAGGGGCCCGGGCUGCAACUCGCCCCUGAGCACCCUGGCCGUUCCCUUGACUCUCCCAGGGCUUGCCGCAAUCAGGCCAGCCCUUCUACUGCUGUCCAUUUUGGGUCCAGCAAAAUAACAGAGGACAGUGAGGAGGACUUCCUGGAGGGGGUGAUAGCCCACACCAGAAGCCAUCUGUAGCCUGGGCACCAUGGGGUUUCCUGGUGUGAUGCCAGCUUCAGUCCUCAAAGGCCAGUUGUUGCUGUCUCUGCUGUUGCUCCUGGGACCACCGACCUGCCAAAGCCUAGUCAUCACGCCCCCUGGGCCGGAGUUCAUCCUCAACGUCUCCAGCACCUUUGUUCUGACCUGCUCGGGCUCGGCACCGGUGAUAUGGGAACAGAUGUCCCAGGUGUCCUGGCAAGAGACAGCCGUGAAUCAGGACGGCACCUUCUCCAGUGUGCUGACACUCACUAACGUCACCGGGGGCGACACCGGAGAAUACUUUUGUGCCUACAACAACUCCCUGGGGCCAGAGCUCGGUGAACGGGUGCGCAUCUAUAUCUUUGUGCCAGAUCCCACCAUGGGCUUCCUCCCUAUGGACUCCGAGGACCUAUUCAUUUUUGUCACGGAUGUCACUGAGACGACAAUUCCAUGCCGAGUGACAGACCCCCAGCUGGAGGUGACCCUGCAUGAGAAGAAAGUGGAUAUCCCCCUACACAUACCCUACGACCACCAGCGAGGUUUCAUUGGUACAUUUGAGGACAAGACUUACAUCUGCAAAACCACCAUUGGAGACAGGGAAGUGGACUCCGAUACCUUCUAUGUCUACAGCCUUCAGGUGUCAUCCAUCAAUGUCUCUGUGAACGCAGCACAGACGCUGGUCCGCCAGGGUGAGAGCAUCACCAUCAAGUGCAUCGUGAUGGGCAAUGAUGUGGUCAACUUCCAGUGGACAUACCCCCGCAUGAAGAGUGGGCGACUGGUGGAGCCAGUGACAGAUUACCUCUUUGGGGUGCCCUCCCGAAUUGGCUCCAUCCUGCACAUCCCGGCUGCUGAGCUGAGUGAUUCGGGAACUUAUACUUGCAAUGUCUCUGUGAGCGUGAAUGACCAUGGAGAUGAAAAGGCCAUCAACAUCACUGUGAUCGAGAACGGCUACGUGAGGCUGCUGGGCACACUGGGUGAUGUACAAAUUGCUGAACUGCACCGGAGCCGGACAUUGCAGGUGGUGUUUGAGGCUUAUCCGCCACCCACUGUCCUGUGGCUGAAGGACAACCGUACCUUGGGUGACUCCAGCGCCGGCGAGAUGGUUCUGUCCACCCGCAACGUGUCCGAGACCCGGUACAUAUCCGAACUGACCUUGGUACGUGUGAAGGUGGCAGAAGCUGGCUACUACACUAUGCGGGCCUUCCACGAGGACGCAGAGGCCCAGCUCUCGUUCAAGCUGCAGGUCAACGUUCCUGUCCGUGUGCUGGAGCUGAGUGAGAGCCACCCUGCCAACGGGGAGCAGACAAUCCGCUGUCGUGGCCGGGGCAUGCCUCAGCCGAACGUCACCUGGUCUACCUGCAGAGACCUCAAAAGCAGGUGUCCACGAAAGCUGUCACCCAUACCCUUGGGGAACGGUUCCAAGGAGGAGAACCAGCUAGAGACUAACGUGACUUUCUGGGAGGAGGAACGGGUAUAUGAGGUGGUGAGCACGCUGCGCCUGCGUCACGUGGAUCAGCCACUGUCAGUACGCUGCAUGCUGCAGAACUCGAUGGGCAGAGAUUCGCAGGAGGUCACCGUGGUACCACAUUCCCUGCCUUUCAAAGUGGUGGUGAUCUCAGCCAUCCUGGCCUUGGUGGUCCUCACCGUCAUCUCGCUCAUCAUUCUCAUCAUGCUGUGGCAGAAGAAACCACGCUAUGAGAUCCGAUGGAAGGUGAUUGAGUCUGUGAGCUCUGAUGGCCACGAAUACAUCUACGUGGACCCUGUACAGUUGCCUUAUGACUCCACCUGGGAGCUGCCACGGGACCAGCUCGUGCUCGGACGCACGCUAGGCUCUGGGGCCUUCGGACAAGUGGUGGAGGCCACGGCUCAUGGUCUGAGCCAUUCACACGCCACCAUGAAAGUGGCUGUCAAGAUGCUGAAAUCUACAGCCCGAAGCAGUGAGAAGCAAGCCCUCAUGUCAGAGCUGAAGAUCAUGAGUCACCUCGGACCCCACCUGAAUGUGGUCAACCUGCUGGGAGCCUGUACCAAAGGAGGGCCCAUCUACCUCAUCACCGAAUACUGCCGCUACGGUGACCUGGUGGACUACCUGCACCGCAACAAGCACACCUUCUUGCAGCGCCAUUCCAACAAGCCGUGCCCACCCAGUGCUGAGCUCUACAGCAAUGCCCUGCCAGUGGGGCUCUCCCCACCCAGCCACUUGUCCCUGACUGGGGAGAGCGAUGGCGGCUACAUGGACAUGAGCAAGGAUGAAUCUGUAGACUACGUGCCUAUGCUGGACAUGAAAGGAGACAUCAAAUAUGCAGACAUCGAGCCCUCCAACUACAUGGCUCCUUAUGACAACUAUGUCCCAUCUGCCCCUGAAAGGACCUAUCGGGCCACCUUGAUCAAUGAGUCUCCAGUGCUUAGUUACACAGACCUCGUGGGCUUCAGCUACCAGGUGGCCAAUGGCAUGGAGUUCUUGGCAUCUAAGAACUGUGUCCAUCGAGAUCUGGCGGCCAGGAACGUGCUUAUCUGCGAGGGCAAGCUGGUCAAGAUCUGUGACUUUGGCCUGGCUCGAGACAUCAUGCGCGACUCAAACUACAUCUCCAAAGGCAGCACCUUCCUACCUCUAAAGUGGAUGGCCCCAGAGAGCAUCUUCAACAGCCUCUACACCACGCUGAGUGAUGUGUGGUCUUUCGGGAUCCUGCUGUGGGAGAUCUUCACGCUGGGAGGCACCCCUUAUCCAGAGCUGCCUAUGAACGACCAGUUCUAUAAUGCCAUCAAGAGGGGCUACCGCAUGGCCCAGCCUCCUCAUGCCUCUGACGAGAUCUAUGAGAUCAUGCAGAAAUGCUGGGAAGAGAAAUUUGAGACUCGACCCCCCUUCUCCCAGCUGGUGCUGCUCCUGGAGAGGCUGCUGGGCGAGGGUUAUAAAAAGAAAUACCAGCAGGUGGAUGAGGAGUUUCUGAGAAGUGACCACCCAGCCAUCCUGAGGUCUCAAGCCCGCUUGCCAGGGUUCCACAGCCUCCGGUCUCCCCUGGACACCAGCUCUGUCCUCUACACCGCCGUGCAGCCCAACGAGGGUGACAAUGACUACAUCAUCCCCUUGCCUGACCCCAAGCCUGAUGCUGCUGAUGAGGGCCUCCUGGAAGGUUCCCCCAGCCUUGCCAGCUCCACCUUGAACGAAGUCAAUACUUCCUCGACCAUCUCCUGUGACAGUCCCCUGGAGCUCCAAGAAGAGCCACAGGCAGAGCCCGAGGCAGACCCAGAGCAGCCACAGGGUUCGGGCUGCCAGGAACCCCUGGCUGAAGCAGAGGACAGCUUCCUGUAGGGACUGGACCCACCCCACCCUGUCCAAAACUCCCGUAUGCCUCCCAGCACCCAACCCUCCUGGCCUGGCCUGGCCACCAAGCUGUUGCACUGCCACCAGCUGCUUGAAGAAGGACCCUGGUGUGCGGACCCAAGGUCCUGGGACCAAUUUAGCUUAGGAGGCAAGAGAACUGUGGGGAUCGAGUCUCUGCCUCUGGAAGGCCAUGAGACUCUGAGCCAGAGCUCCUCCAAGGGAUUCAGUUUCCCCAGAUGUAAGAGGAAGAGUUGGGCUUGGCUCUCAGACAGGUAUGGAGCUUGGAUUCCUGGAGAGGGUGCUGGGUGUAAGGCAGUGUGUUCAUCACUUCCUCCUGUGUAGCCAGCUGGAUCACUCCACUUCGAUCUUCACAAGAACUGGGCAAGAACCUGAUGCCUGGCUCCUGGUCAAACAGAGGCCAGACUCGGUCAAGGUCCUGCCCUGGUGCCAAUCUUAGGUGUCCUAGGCCCAAGCUGGUCUGGGGCCAGCCAUGCUUAAUGAACAUGGUUAGGGGUGAAGGCAGAGCUUAGUACAGGAUGCUCUGGCCUGCAUCCCUCAGGGCACAGCUGGCCACAAGAAGUACCCAUGCCUUUCGUCCUCCUCAGUGCUGGAGCGUAUCCCUCCUCACUCUCAGCCGACCUGCCCACCAGAGUCUGCAGGCCCUCUAAUCCACGCCUGGGAUAUGCCUCACUGAAGUGAUCUGUACCUCCCUGAAGUGUGCCUCACUGGGAGCCCUGACUCUGCACUGGACUUGCAGUGAGACCUUGGAGGGUGCCUUGUUCUCUCUGGGUACCAGUUUUCUUUCCCCUUUGAAAAAUGAACAAGUUGGACUCAUCGACUCUGAGUGCCCUGUCAAUACUAUAAUUCCAGAGUGCCCCAGGGAUUUGCAGUUAUCCGGGCAAAGUGGGGUCAAGUCCCUAAGCCACCUCUCUGGGAGUCAGCUGAACUCUGGAAAGACUCCAGAAACACACCACAUCUGGGGAUUCAGGAACUGAGCCUCUUCUUCAGGUCCCCAAGUGUAACUGCCCAGGCCUUGAUUUGGCCUAACAGUCAGCGUCUUAGGAAAACCCCCUACAGCUGUCCUGAGGACACAGAAGGACCACGAGACCCUACUUAUGCUGUGGUAAACUCUGGAGUCAGCAAGAGUGGCAGAGAAGGCAAGCCAGGUCAUCCCAGGCCACUGUCACCAGGAGUGUGUACAGACAUGAUAGAGAGUGAGCGAGGACAGAGGGAGGCUUGAGGUGGGCAUGAGAAGUAGACGCUAUGGGGGCUGCCAUCUUGACUGGCAGCUGUCCCAGGCCUCAGGCAGCACUGCACGGGAAUGUUUCUGUCACUGGCUUCUCACUAACCCUGAACCAAUGGACACUGGAGGACCCUGGGGAGUGAGGGGUGGGAUGGGACAGUGUAGGGGAAGUCAGCCCUUCUGGGGGCCCUCCCAUGCUGGGUUGCUGGCUGGCAGCUCCCUGCCCGGAGCAGCAGAGGUUGCUGGAGGAUGGAGAGCACUGCUCACAACGGUACCAAAGAUGUAAUCACCUAGGUUUACAAGUACUUGUAGGACUCACAAUAACCCACAUUUAGACACCAGAAGUGCUAUUUUAUAUGCUGUUAAGUUUUCCUAUCUGUACUUUUUUUUUAAAAGGAAAAAAAAUGUAAUAUUAAACUUGGUGCUUCUCACUGAGA